AUGAUACAUGCUGGCCUAGGAUAUGCACAAAUAAGAAACUUUCUGACAGAAUGUAACUUGCCAGUGAUGAGUAAAUCUUGCUUCCAAAAACAUGAGAAGAAAAUUGGAAAAAUCUUUGUGUCUGCUGCUGAAGAAUCAUGUAAGAAUGCCCAACAACUGGAAAAGGAAAUUUCUGCAGAUAAGGAGUUGGAGCUUGAGGUCAGUUUUGAUGCAGGUUGGCAGAAAAGGGGAUCCGGAUUUAAUUACAAUAGCUUAACAGGACAUGCUUCAAUGAUAGGAAAGCAAACAGGGAAAGUGACCUGUUAUGAUAUCAGAAGUAAAAGUUGUAAAUUUUGUGAGCAUCAUCAGGGAAAGAAAGACACAGUUCCAAGUCAUGACUGCUGUAGAAAUUGGUAUGGGUCUAGCAAGUCUAUGGAACCAUAUAUGGCUGUUUCCAUGGCACAUACGAUGAAUGAUAAUGAAAGCCCGAUUGAUGUAAUUCAUGCUGACAAUGAUUCUACUACCAUGUUAAAACUGAAACUGGACUUUGAAAACUUGAAGAAAGAGGACGACCAAAAUCACACUACAAAGGGAAUAACAAAAUCACUGAUUGAAUUGUCUAAAAGGCACAAGGAGCUGAAGCCAGGAGAAGUAAUUCCCUAUUUGAACCGAUGUUUCAUGUAUGCUAUAACACAGAACAGCAGUAGUGAACGUGAAAUUGAUGAGGGUCUUUCCAGAAUUGUUCCCCAUGUCUUUGGAGAUCAUGAAUUGUGUGGUGCAGUAGACUGGUGUACAUUUAAAGAUGAUCCUAUAUCUUUCAAAUAUAAAAGUCUUCCUAAUGGAAAGCCUCUGAUUAGUGAAGAUUUGAGGAGAGAUUUAGAGAAUCUUAUAGAGAAAUAUAAGAGCAAAGCAUCUUCACUCAGAAAUUUAGGAUCCACACAGGCUAAUGAGAGCUUCAACCAUUCUGUAGCAACGAAAGCUCCGAAAUCCAAGUGA